AUGUCUACCUUUUCAGUCCCGCUUGGUAGUUUAGUACCCAGUUCGAUUCGAUCCCCAAUCACAGACCGGAGUAAAACCCUAAACCCCAGCUUUCACCGGAGAACCCAGUUGGGAUAUCUGUCAAAUACUAAUGGGUUGUGUACGCGUAGCACAGUUGGGGUGGCAAGAUUCGGAUUGGGGGAGGUUCCAUUUUUUGACCCGGAUGGUAGUACUGAAGGGAUUAUCAGGGACGUGUUUGGUAGAGUUGAGAUGUUCUUGUAUACUGUUGCCGAUGCUGCUGUUUCUUCUGAUGCUCUUGCUGAUACAACCACGACAACAGCGAAGCAGAGUGAUUGGCUUUCUGGGAUUACUAAUGGAAUGGAGACUGUUUUGAAGGUUUUGAAGGGUGGCUUAUCAGCCUUACAUGUUCCUUAUUCAUAUGGUUUUGCAAUAAUUUUAUUGACUGUACUUGUAAAGGCUGCCACUUUUCCUCUGACUAAGAAACAGGUGGAAUCUGCCAUGGCAAUGCGCUCAUUGGCACCUCAAAUAAAGGCUAUUCAGGAACGGUAUGCUGGAGAUCAGGAGAGAAUUCAACUGGAAACUGCUCGAUUGUACAAACUAGCUGGCAUAAACCCUUUGGCAGGAUGUCUACCAACCCUUGCUACCAUUCCCAUCUGGAUUGGACUCUACAGAGCCCUUUCUAAUGUUGCAGACGAGGGUCUCCUAACAGAAGGAUUCUUUUGGAUACCCUCAUUGGCUGGUCCUACAACAAUUGCUGCUAAACAGACCGGCAGUGGUAUUUCUUGGCUUUUUCAGUUUGUUGAUGGCCAUCCGCCUCUAGGAUGGAAUGAUACCUUGGCAUAUCUAGUUUUGCCUGUGCUGCUGGUUAUCACUCAGUACAUUUCCGUCCAAAUUAUGCAACAACCACAGAGCAAUGACCCGAACAUGAAGACUUCACAAGCCAUUACCAGAUUCUUGCCUUUAAUGAUUGGUUAUUUUGCUCUUUCGGUGCCUUCAGGUCUCAGCCUAUACUGGUUGACUAACAACAUUUUGAGCACUGCACAACAAGUAUAUCUUCAGAAGUUGGGGGGUGCGGAAAAUCCCAUGAAGCAGUUCAAUGAUGAUAUAGCCAAGAAAGAGCUAUCCCAGAUACAGAAAUCCACAACAGCUACAAAGACAGAUGAUAGAGUUGAAAAGCCCACUUCAGAAGGGCCUCGCCCUGGCGAAAGAUUUAAACAACUGAAGGAGGAGGAAGCAAGAAGAAGACGGCAACGAGAGGAAGAGAAAAGGGAAGCAGAAGUGCGCCCUAUAAAUGGAGUCCUUGAUACUGUUACUGAUGAACAGGACUCUUCCAGCGAUGGGCAUCGAGCUGUUAAUGGUGCUACUUCUAGUUCUUCAGGAGUUCAGGAAAAUGGAACCGCUGCUGGUGUCUAUAAAGAUUCUCAUGAAAAUGAUGAUAGAACAGAUCAGCAGCAGCUUGAUGAAAGGACAGGCAAGGAGGAAGUCACAGCUAAUGUGGAUAGUGGAGAUGGCAAACCUUCUUCUGGCAAAGAUGAAAACGAGUAG